CCAAGUCAUCGAAAACUUGAUGUUGAGGAAUGUGAGUAUGUCUGGUCAAAUUCCUACUUACAUCUGGAGUAAACCGGUCUUGAGAUCUCUUGAUUUAUCGUUUAACAAGUUGAGCGGUGAAGUUCUUGGCAUAAACUUAGUACCAAAAUUUACCUACUUGACUAGCAAUAUGCUUUCCGGGGAAAUUAAAUCUGGUGUUUACCUCAACAGCAAAUCAAAUAUUGACCUUUCUUAUAACAAUUUCUCAUGGCCGUCUAGCUGCCAAGAAAGGAGUAACAUUAAUACAUACCGGAGCUCAUAUUUAAAGAACACUUUAACCGGGAUUCUUCCAUGCGCUGGUUCAGUCACCUGCAAGAAAUAUCAAAGAUCACUACAUAUAAAUUGUGGUGGGGAAACUGUAACUGUCACAAACUCUUUGGGUAAAAUCACUUAUCAAGCCGAUAACAGUGAGGUCAAAGCUGCUACAAAUAUGCACUUCAAGAACUGGGGAAUUAGUAAUACUGGUGACUUUAUGGACGAUGGAGAGGAAAAUGACAAAUACAUCAUGUCAACUAAUAAAACACUACCUGGAGAUUCUCCUGAUCUUUAUAAGACUGAUCUUUAUAAGACUGCACGUCGAUCUGCUCUCUCUCUUGUUUAUUAUGCGUUUUGCUUGGAAAAUGGAGAAUAUAAUCUGAAACUCCAUUUUAUGGAGAUUCAGUUUUCAGAGCAAGAACUAUAUAGUCGUCUAGCUAGACGCAUAUUUGAUGUCUAUGUUCAGGGAAAAUUGUUCUUGAGGGAUUUUAACAUCAGACAGGAGGCUAAUGGGACUCUGAAGUCUAUUGUGAAAGAACUGAAAGCUGUUAAUGUGACCGAUCAUAAGUUAGAGAUUUGGUUGUAUUGGGCGGGUAAAGGGACAACACUCAUACCCAAAAGAGGAAACUAUGGUCCUAUGAUCUCUGCUAUCUCCUUGUGUCACAGCAUGGAGCAACAUUGUGGAGUGGAGAAAACCAAAAAUCACAUCAAUUAUCCACUAAUCUUUGGGGUAACGGGUCCCUUGGUAGCAAUUAUUUUCUUGGCUUUGGGAUUCUAUGCUCAGAGAAAAUGCAGACGGGACAAGAAAAAGAGAGAAAGAGACCUGAGAGCCGAGGGUUUGCAAACUGUUUGCUUUACAUGGAGGCAACUGCAAGCUGCAACAAACAAUUUUGAUGAAGCCAACAAACUUGGAGAAGGAGGUUUCGGAUCCGUAUUCAAAGGAGAGCUGUCAGAUGGAACUAUCAUUGCAGUGAAGCAGCUCUCUUCCAAGUCAUGCCAAGGAAACAGAGAAUUUGUGAAUGAGAUAGGCAUGAUCUCUGGUCUGAAUCAUCCAAACCUUGUCAAGCUUUACGGAUGCUGUGUCCAAAAGGAUCAACUGCUGCUCGUGUAUGAGUACAUGGAAAACAACUCCCUUGCUCUUGCUUUGUCUGGAAAGAGCUCCUUGAAACUAGACUGGGCAGCAAGAAAGAAAAUCUGUGUGGGAAUCGCAAGAGGGCUUGAUUUUCUCCAUGAAGGAGCUGCGAUCAGAAUGAUUCACCGUGACAUAAAGACUCCCAAUGUGCUUCUAGGCGCCGACCUUAAUGCAAAGAUAUCUGACUUUGGUUUGGCUAGGCUUCACGAAGAAGAACACACACACAUUAGCACCAAAGUCGCAGGAACCAUCGGAUAUAUGGCUCCAGAAUAUGCUUUAAUGGGUCAUUUGACCGAGAAAGCAGAUGUGUACAGCUUUGGGGUUGUGGCAAUGGAGAUUGUUAGUGGGAAAAGUAAUACAACACAAAAGGGAAGCGAUGACAACGCCCCACUUAUUAAAUGGGCCAUGACACUGCAACAAAAAGGGGACAUAAUGGAGAUAGUAGAUCCGAAGCUCGAAGGUGAGUUCAACAGCCUAGAAGCAGAGAGGAUGAUCAGAGUUGCUCUUGUUUGCACAAAUGCAAAUCCCUCUUCACGUCCACUGAUGUCAGAGGCAGUGAAAAUGCUGGAGGGAGAGAUGGAAAUACCACAGAUUCUGUCAGGUCCUGCCGUGUAUGGACAUGAUUUGAACUUUUCAAAGCUGAUGGAGAUGCAAGAGUCAACCUCGAUGUCUGGUUAUGGACUGUCCCAUUUAAUCAAGGAUCAGCCACCUCAAACUCCACAACAGAGUUUUCUUCCUAGUCAUUGUAAUAUGUAAGGUUUAGUUGCGAGGACUAUCUACUAAAAUUAACUUCAAACUCCAUAUCAUUAGAAGUUGUCUGAAACCUUACGUUGGAUAUUUUAUAAUCUAUGUAUGUUUCCAUGAAA